UCGUCCGCCAUAUUGAAUGUAACCGCCGUUGCGGUCGGGUGUGUGUACGGUGGCGCUCCGCGCAGUGACAGUCAGAUAACGAUGAAUUCAUAACUUUCAAAACUUUGUGCUAUGAAGUGAGUUUAAUAUCUCAAUAGUUGUCAAAAACUGUGAUGUGAUUAUCUAUAUACAAUAUUAUUUCAUUAUUUUCAACUGAUCCAGCAACUUGAAAUGCAUGCAUUCCAUUGAGACUGUUGAACUUUUAUUUUUUUAGUUCGGUGUACAUUUUGAUUCAUAUCAAGUAUUUUUUUUAAUUUGUCCAGCGUGAACUAUGGUUUUAUUUAGAUUUUAUAUUAUAAACAUUGUAUGAAUAUAGUGCUUUGUGCCAAUAGACUGUGUUGUCAAAGUCUGCUAUAGAUGCUGAUUAGGAAAUGCCGAAACAUUCAAGGCUUACAGUCAUCGAAAUUCCGUCCGCAUAUUGACAACGGAAAAGACCUUGGUAGUCCGACGUUGACUUUGAACGCACAGCAACAGUAAAGCGCUGUCACUUGCGCAAGCGGUUCACCUACGACCCGAUACGAAAGUUGAGUCUGGAUUGAGAAACAAGGACGGCAAGAACUAGGUGACGCGCACCUGUGUGAUGUGCCGGCAACAUCACAUUGAUGUGCAGGUAGACGUCACCUGAUUCGUCAGCAACUCCUGGAUGAAGCCGAACCAUGAAGUUCUCAACUGGCUCCAGCUCGAGCAGUCUUGCCAGCGAUUCGCUGUCCAGGAAAUCAACUCUAUGCAUCUACACAGAAGUCGAUGCACCCACGAUGCCGCCACCCUGCGAAAGAAUGGAUAGCAGCUCUGAAGCGAUGGAGUUGAGGCGGGAGUUGGAGGCGGUGAGGAACGCGCUGCAGCAGCAGUCCGAGUCCGUCCUGAAGCAGAGGCACCAGCUAGUCGAGGCUGGGCACGCGCUCGUAGCGCGAGACAAGAAACACGCGCAGGAACGCCGGCUCAGACAGGACCAACUCGCACUAGUACUGCGAUCGCUAGUCCUUCUAGAAUCCCGCCUAACCAGGGAACAGAAACAAAUACAUGUCGCACUCCACCAGAAAGAGAAAAUCAUCAAAUCACAACAAGAAGAAAUUGCAAAACUUAAAGCUCGCAAAUCUUACUGCAGUAAUUGCCAGCAGCUGCUCGGGUUCACAAGCGAACAGACCAACAUAGAAACAGAUCCCGAGUUCCAAAGCCUAGAGAGCACAGAUUCCAGAUUCCAAAAUACAUUCGUUAGGAGCUGUAGCUAUCGUGAAAGAAAUUCUCCACCGGUAUUCCAAAAAAAUACUAGGUUAAGUAAGAGCUUCCAGUACCAGUUACCGAAGAGUGACAUAGUUUACGGCAAUACUAGCUCCAGUGAAGAAGGCAACACCGCCAGCGUCGGCAACAAAGGCACAUUCAUUAAAAACAAACAAGCUUUCGUUCGACGAGAUGUCUUCAGAAGGUCGAGGAAAUACUCGGGAAGAAAGAAUAACAACAAGUAUGUUGAAAACACGCCAAAAGGCUACAAUAAUCAGGCAAACAACAGUAGUAGUGCCGAAGAAUGCAUCGGUAUGAGUUAUCAAGUGAACCACGAUGAUAAUGACUUAACUGCAAGUCAAAUAGCCAAUGAUAUAAGAAGAGCGUCUCUUAAAAUAGACCAACUCAUUGGUGAGGCUGCCAAAAAGGAAGUAGGCAACACCACAAGUGAUUCCGAAAAAACCUAUUCCACAAAAAUGGAACGGUUACAUGGAAUGAAGAGACAAGCAUCUGAUGAAAUUAAAGCGAACAGACAACUUUUCUUGAGCAACGUUUUGAAUGAAGAAACCGCUGAGAAGCCUUGGUAUUGCAAUGUUAGCGAUCCGGAACAAGAAGGAGAUUGUUUGGAUCAAAGACCGUUAAACAAUAAAUCAAAAUCUACAGAGGAUCUGCUUGGAGUUGGUUACAAUAGCGGUAUACGUGAAGCAGCCGUAGUGUCUGCUAAGAACGAAAUAUUGUGCAAUAAUAUAAUGAACAACAAUGAAAGGUUUAGUUCAAGAUUCGAUGAUAAAAAUAAUAACAUAGAAAUGAAUCUUAACAAACAAGCUGAAAUAACUGAAAUCAAUGAAAACUGGUACGCUAGCACUAGUGACGCAGAUGAAAAUCCAACAAAUGAAAUAUAUAAAAAUAAUCCAGUGCUUGAGUGCGUAAAUCAAAUCUUACUGCAAAAUUCAUUAGACGAUAGCAGUAAUGACAACUCGAAAUCGAGUGAAGCACCGAGCCCUAAAUCAUCAGCUAAACGUGUACAGUUUUCAACACUAAACAGCAUCUCUUACGAUGAAAAAGUAAGAAGUAAUAACACACUACCCAGAUCCGAUAAGAGAGCUAAUAAAAUCGUUAAAUUCAGCUUAGAGACUGCCUCCGAACACAGCUAUGAGGUUCCGAACACCGCUCAAGGUUUCCAAUACGAGAUACAGAGUUUAUACAGCAAUGAGUAUGAACCAAUCAUUACAAAAGGUAAUGAAGCCACCAAACCUGCGCCUCUGCCCCGCACCGUACAAGCUAUUGACAAGCCAGCCGUCCCUAAAAUUAGAGGCUCAAUCGUUAAAAAUAUGGCGGCUAAUUUAGAAAACCGCAACAUCAACAACGCCGCAGAAAAGAAGAUUGAUAAUGAUCUCGGAUCGAUGAAGAUAUUUAAUAAGAGAAAAGUGCCAAGAACUCCCCCCGCCCUGCCGCCCAAGCCAAAGAACCUUUCGGCUAAAUGGAAAGCUGAAAAUGCUGUCAAACAAAUGACAGAACAGAUAGACUCUGAAGCCGUUGCGGCUAACCAACGGGUUGCAGAUGUUAAGACGAGAAAAGUGGGACAAGUAGCAACAGUUAACAAUAUUGAGCCGGACUACUGCUCCAUUUCUGAGAUAAAUGUUCCAGUAGUCAGCAAUGGAAAGAGGGAGUUGCUACUUACACAGCCAACCGUUGAGAUUCACAACGAACAGUACCCGGUACACGCUGUGAGCCCAAGAAACAGUGUCGCUAAAGUGGUAUCCCUGCCGCGGAUCCAGAACAAGAUCAGCGACAAAGACAUUCCCAAACUUCCUCACGUCACUGAGAUCAUCAUCCCUGAUGAAGAUGACAAACAAACAAGUGAAGAACAAAACCGCUCCUUCGCGCAAACGACUGACAGUUACUUGCCUAACUUUGCUAUGCAUCCUCUGCAGCCAAAAUUAGACCCACGUGCUUCAAUCCAAAUGGGCAACUCUGUAUCUUCCAUUCUCUCAGAGAUCAACAAGGGCGGCAAGGGAGGCAACAAGCAGAUCAAUCUGACUGAACUAGACAACCAGUUUAAUCACGGUCCCGAAAAGGCCCAACAAAUAAAUGCGGAAAUGCAUAAAGCUGAAUAUUUUGACGACAUCGACAAAUUUGAUUUGUCUCAGAAUUUUGAAGAGUUUAAGAUAGACGAUGAACUCGGCAGCAUAGUUGCAGAGGAAUACCGCAUCAGCUCUGGCAGCAGUGACGGUUCCAUGUCGGACGUCGUGACCGAACACCUUACUAAUGUACCUGAUAGAGACAAGCAGCAUAAUACGAGUCACAAGGAUGACAGUGAAAAAACUGAAAAUUUUCUCGGGAACAACGAGAGCGCCUUGAACAAGGGCUUGUCGAAGAACGCUAAGUUGUCUAAUAAGCCUGAUCUCCUUUCAAAUAUAGAGAAUUUAGAGACUGAAUCUGUGAGGAACUCAGACAUCGAGUCGAGUAACUCGUCUGGCAGCAACAGCGGCUCCUACAACACGGUGAAAUGCGAGCCGAGGAUGGUGCUGAACAACAACCCUGAGAUAAACGCGCCCAGGACGAAGGGCUCCUUCGACUUCUUCUUAGAGACAUCUGGUCUUAGUUCUAAGUCUAUCUUCACGCCAAGCAAGAACUACAUCGGCCUGAGGCCCCCUAGUGCCAACCACAAGAGUGUGCUAAAGCCUAAGGACAUUAAGAUGCGCGUUAAGAAUACUAUUGCAACGAACAAAAUCAACGAGAAGCCUAUGACGACUGCUAUUAAAUACUUCGAGCCCUAUGUGUAAACUUAUUGUUAGCUAGGUAUUAUGUGUUAUGUUAAUGAAAUGCUUAAAUCUAUUUAUUGUAAAAAUGAACUUGCCGGCGUAAUACUAUGUACUAAUGUAUUUAUGUUAUUGUAAAUAUUUGAAUUAGUUAUUUUACAAUUAUAAAAUAUUUAACAUUUA